UGGUUUGAGAGGAAAGAGACAAGAGUGAAGGCUGUUAAUAGUCCAGGCAAGAAAACGACCCAGGUUCCAAAAUCAGGGGUGAAAUAAUAGGAGUGAGUUUUUAAAAAGAAGGAUGAACAAGGGUUGUACAGGUCAGAAGUGUCCCCCAGGGUUGCUGGGGGCAGAAAAGCUGCAGAUCAUGCAGGGCUGGGGGUUUCAUGGCAUUUGUUCUAAGGCUUUUGGCCCAUAGGAUACAAAUAUUCUAUGCCUCUUCAAAAUACUAGCCCCUGGUGUCUAAUGGCCGUAUCAUGAAAUAGAAAUCAUGAAGGCACUGUAUCUUUUAAAAAAAAUCCCCUUUUGUAGCACUUCCUUAAAAACAGCUACUUAAUGCAACUCUGCCAGUGAGCUCUUGACAGUUCUGUCUUUUCAUUAAUACCCAUUCUGGUAUUAAUGAAACAGCUUGGUGAAGAGUUGAAGUAUCUUCCUGUGGCUUGAUGUCAGAUUUCAGUUGCCAGACCAGCAGGCUGUAGCUGAGAAAAGCACCAAAUCCUAACCACUAGACCACCAGGGAACUCCUUAAUUUUGUUUUUUACUUAUUAGUCUUUUUUCAGAAUUGUCAGUUUAUGAAUGAAGCAUGGCUUGUGUUGAACAAGACAAGCUGGGUCAAGCAUUUGAAGAUGCUUUCGAAGUACUGAGGCAGCAUUCAACAGGAGAUCUUCAGUACUCCUCAGAUUACAAAAAUUACCUGGCUUUCAUCAACCACUGUUCUCAUGUCAGAGGAAAUUCCAAUAGCUAUGGUGUGCUGCCCACAGAGGAACCGGUCUAUAAUUGGAGAACUGUAAUAAACGGUGCUGCGGACCUCUAUUUUGAAGGAAAUAUUCAUCAGUCUCUGCAGAACAUCCCUGAAAACCAGCUGGUACAACCUGCUGUUCUUCAGCAAAAGGGAGGAAAAGGCAGGAAGAAGCUCCGACUGUUUGAAUACCUUCAUGAAUCCCUGUGCAAUCCAGAGAUGGCAUCGUGUAUUCAGUGGAUAGACCAGACCAAAGGCAUCUUUCAGUUCGUAUCAAAAAACAAAGAAAAACUUGCCCAACUUUGGGGGAAAAGAAAAGGCAACCGGAAGACCAUGACUUACCAGAAAAUGGCCAGAGCAUUGAGGAAUUAUGGAAGAACUGGGGAAAUCAUCAAAAUCCGGAGAAAAUUAACUUACCAGUUCAGUGAGGCCAUUCUCCAAAGACUUUCUCCAUCAUAUUUCUUAGAAAAAGAAUUCUUCUACUCACAGUAUGUUCAACCUGAUCAAGGAUAUCUCAGCUUAAAUAACUGGAAUGCAAAUUAUAAUUGUGCAUAUGCCAAUUACCAUGAGCUAAGUCAUGCUGAUUGCUAAAUAUACUCUUACAUUUCAUAAUUUUCUGGCAUCAGAAAUACUUGCAAAUUUUAGGAUUUUUCUCUGAAAGCAAAUGCUGCAGGAAAAAAAAAAAACUUCAUUAUUGCUCUCUUUUAUGAAGUAGGGUAUAAUCUAUACUAACUUGGUGAGAAAUUUUGCCAGUCAGCAAAUUUAAAAUGAUCAAGUCCCAUUUGGAAAUAUGCAUAAAUGUCCUUCCUCUUACUAUUGUCUAUGCAGUACUUCUAGAUUAAUAAUACCAGUAGAGAUGACUUGAUUUAUAUAUUGGUUUAAACAUUAUUUUACUGUCACAUACUCAGACACAAAAAUCACUCUAAUGUACAUCCAACAGCUUUAGCAACAAAACAAAAAAAUGAUUGCCUGUGAUACUGUUCAUGCUAAAUUACAUUCAUAGCUUUAAAAACUUCAGGGGCUAAAAUUAGAACUACCAUAUGAUCCAGCAAUUCCAUUCCUGCGUAUAUAGCCAAAGAAAGUGAAAACACUAAUUUGAAAACAUAUAUGCAUCCCAAAGUUUAUAGCAGCAUUAUUUGUAAUAGCCAAGAUAUGGAAGCAGCUUAAAUGUCAAUCAACAGAUGAAUGGAUAAAGAAAAUGUGGUAUAAAUGGAAUGUUACUCAGCCAUAAAAAGAAUGAAAUUAUGCUAUUUGCAGCAACAUGGGUGGACCUGGAGGCUUAGUGAAAUAAGUCCUGUACGUUAUCAUUUAUAGGUGGAAUCUAAAAAUUGAAACAAACAAAUGAAUAUACCAAAAUAGAAAUGGACUCAAAGAUAUAGAGAACAAACUAGUUACCAAUGGGGAGAAGGAAGUGGGGGGAGGGGCAAGAUAGGUUUAGGGGAUUAAAGAGGUGCAGACUACUAUGUAUAAAAUAAGAUACAAGGAUGUAAUGUAUAGCACAGGGAGUAUAGCCGAUAUUUUAUAAUAGCUUUACAGGAAAUAUAAUCUAGAAAAAUAUGUAAUACAUCUGAAACUAAUAUAAUAUUGUACAUCUGAAACUAAUAUAAUAUUGUGAAUCAACUAUAUUUCUAUAAAAUAAAGAUUUUAAAAUAAAAACUUUAAUAGCUGUCCUGAACCAAUAUUUUGUCCGCACUUCAAACCUCCUGGUCUGUCUGUACCAUGUGACACUAAAGAAGCAAUGGUCUAGGAGUUCUCUGGUGCCUCACUGGGUCAGGCAUUGUCACUGCUAUGGCUCAGGUCACUUCUGUGGCUGGGGUUCAAUCCCCUGGCCCAGGAACUUUUGCAUGCUGUGGGCAUAGCCAAAAAUUAAAAAGAAGGGAAAAAAAAAGAAGCUGACACUUGUGUCAUAAAAUAUCUCCUUUUAUUAUUGACAGCUAUAUUUUAAUAAAUAAUGAGAAAAAAAAAAAGCAGCAGCAGAGAUGGUCUAAGGAAGAUGCCACCUACAAACUCCAAAGCUUACACUUCUCAGCAGUCACCUCCUAGUAUGCAUUUCUUUUGCCUGGUGUAGAUCCAGGAACAAAGGUUCCUUGCUUUCCUGCCAUUCAGCCAUGGGGAGGUGCUCUUGCACCACUGGCUCUCUGUCCCAACCUUGGGUCAUGUUGUCUUUCUUGGAACAUUUGGAGAAAAGAAAAAAACAAAACAAAACAAAACAAAAGACUUUAAUAAACGAGACUAGCAAAUAAUAAACCCUAGAGAGGAGCCAAGAUUCAGGCAGUCUUGCCUGAAAUCUAUGGUGUAUUCUCAAUAUUCCAUAAGAAACCCCAGGAAGACUCUGUUUCUUACUACUUGGCAGGUUUAUGCAUAUGCUGUCUGUAUUACCGUGAAGAAGGAGAGCUUCCUAGAUGGUAUGGGCCAUCUUCAGUCAAGGGCAAGAGAGACUGGUCAGUAGGCCAAGAGCUCCCUGGAGCUUUCUCUAUCAGAUGUGCACCAUUCCCAGUCUCCCCUUUUCCUUUGUGCCCUCGGGUACCUUUCCUUCAGAAGAAACAAACACAUUUUAUGAUGUAGGUGAACAAAUAAAAUUUUACAUACCAAGUAUGUUUUAUAUAAGCAAUUAAAUGAUAACAACCAUGAGGUGAAAGGUCACAUUUACAAGUUUUAGAGUUUUAGAAUAUUUUGUUUCUUCUCAUUACCUCACUAAAAUCAGGGAGAUCAGUUGGGAUGCUCUGGGCUUCAAGUAACAAAAAACUCUGACUCAAACUGGUGUAACAAUUGCUCCUGAUGAGGCCCUACUUCCUGGUACUGAAUUUUGAAGCAGUAAACUUUCUUGGUUGCAGUUCACUUAAAUCAGCUUUGACUCACUGAAGUAUUUGCUGGGAUUUAUGGAACAGUAUUAGAUUGCUUACAGAAUUUCCGAGAAAGCUGGAGAACAAGCAACCGGAUGUGAAGCCCCAAACCACAUCAAAGAUCUGGCCAAAUGAGGACAUCACUGUCAUUGGUACUGGUCACUCGAUGCUGCAACUUAUGUCAUCUCGAGUGUCACUGAAGAGAACUAGCAGAGCAUCCCUGUGGCCCCCAGAAACGUUCUUGCAACUGCCAUUGGAUUCAGGGAUGGUCGUCUAUCCCCUCUGCUUCUGUAAAUCACUGGAUCCCCAUUUAAAGUCCGGGAAAGGAACUUCUGAUUGGCUGACGCUUGAUCAUGUGCUCAUGCUUGGCUGCAAAGAAAGCUAGAAAAGUGACUAUCUGGAAUUUUCAGUUCUUAUGCUGGGAGACUGUUUCUGCAUCCUAUCAAGACUCAGAAGGUCAAGAAUUCCCCAAACAUAGAAAGGGGUUCAGAUGCUGGGCAGCCAAAAGAAUGACAAAAGUUCACUAGAAUUUUAAACUACAAUAACAAGGAUCAGAGCAUGAAAUAGUUUAAUUUUAAAGACCUUUGCCCUACCUGGCAAAUUUCCAAAACGAAUACAAAAACAAAAAAAAAAACAAAAAAAAACCCCACUCUUUGUUCUUAGUACUUCUGUGGUCAUAGAAAUUUAAACAGUUUCUAAACAACUUUUCCUUAUCUUUCUGAGAGGGCAAUUUCAGCACGGUAUUUAUAUUCUCUGAUUAUCAAGUAAAACUGUAACAUUUCUAUAGUUGAAGCUAAUCUAAAAAAUUAAAGCCUAUACUUUUUAACUUUUA